AUGGAAGAAAGGGCAAAUGGUACAGUGGCUCAUAACUCACUGGCUGAAUACUCUCCCAUCAAGGAAGCGGGCAAGCCAGAUUCAAGUGACAGCUGUGAAAUGUAUGAAAGAAACAAAGAAACAAUGCAGCUGAAGAAAGAAAUCUCUUUGCUUAAUGGAAUCAGCCUCAUUGUAGGCAACAUGAUUGGUUCGGGUAUCUUUGUCUCACCUAAAGGAGUUCUCAUCUACAGUGCCUCCUAUGGAUUGUCGCUAAUAAUCUGGGCAAUCGGGGGGAUUUUUUCAGUGUUUGGAGCACUCUGCUAUGCUGAACUGGGAACCACUAUUACCAAGUCAGGAGCCAGCUAUGCAUAUAUCUUGGAGGCCUUUGGGAGCUUUAUUGCUUUUAUUCGCUUAUGGACCUCAUUAUUAAUUGUUGAGCCAACUAGUCAGGCAGUUAUUGCAAUAACCUUUGCUAACUACAUUGUGCAGCCUGUCUUCCCUUCUUGUGAGCCUCCUUAUGUUGCCUGUCGUCUCAUCGCAGCUGCCUGUAUAUGUCUUCUAACAUUUAUAAAUUGUGCCUAUGUUAAAUGGGGAACAAGGGUGCAGGAUGUAUUCACGUAUGCUAAAGUCAUUGCCCUUAUUGUCAUCAUCAUAACAGGAAUUGUUAAACUAUGCCAGGGACAUUCAGGACACUUUCAGAACUCCUUUGAGGGAUCUUCUUGGGACCUAGGAGACAUUUCUCUUGCACUGUAUUCUGCUCUGUUCUCUUACUCAGGCUGGGAUACCCUUAAUUUUGUAACAGAAGAAAUAAAAAACCCAGAAAGGAAUCUGCCACUGGCUAUUGCAGUUUCUAUGCCCAUUGUGACGGUUAUCUAUAUUUUGACCAACAUAGCUUACUAUACGGUGCUGGAUAUUAAUGCUGUUCUUUCUAGUGAUGCUGUGGCGGUGACAUUUGCUGACCAGGUGUUCGGCAUUUUCAGUUGGACAGUUCCUGUUGCUGUAGCUGUUUCAUGUUUUGGUGGUCUUAAUGCAUCAAUUUUAGCAUCAUCUAGGCUAUUUUUUGUAGGAUCCCGGGAAGGUCAUCUCCCUGAUCUAUUGUCCAUGAUCCAUAUAGGGAGGUUCACACCUGUACCAACACUACUCUUCAAUUGUACUAUGGCCCUCAUUUAUCUGACUGUAGAAGAUGUCUUCCAGCUUAUUAACUACUUCAGUUUCAGUUACUGGUUUUUUGUGGGACUAUCAAUAGCUGGGCAAUUAUACCUCCGCUGGAAGGAACCAGAUCGACCCAGGCCUCUCAAGCUGAGCCUAUUUUUCCCAAUAGCUUUCUGUGUAUGCUCAGUAUUUCUGGUGGUGGUGCCUCUAUAUAGUGACACCAUUAAUUCGUUGAUUGGAAUUGGCAUUGCUAUAUCUGGAAUUCCAGUCUACUUCAUUGGAGUCUACUUGCCCAUUUCCAGAAGGCCUCCAUUUAUCAACAACAUCUUAGGUGAUAUCACUCGAGCCACCCAGGUGCUUUGUUACAGUGUUUUGACAGAGAUGGACAGUGAAGAUAAGAAAUUAGAGACCAAAUCUAACUAA